GGCACCGCAAGCUCUUCAAUGCUACCACCCGAUCUUUUUUCACUCGCUCUACUCAAGCUCUAAUCCUUACCAGCAUAGAAUACUUUCUAUUUCCUGCUUCUGCUGCUUCUAUUCUACUCCCGUUUCAUCCUUUGACUACAAGCACAUGUUGCGCAAUAAUUUGGCCUCUGCUGGUCUGUGCACCUUUCAAAUACGGCUGAAUUUAAGCCAGAGAAGUUCACGAAAGACUAUCUACUAUAUAAUGGUCCUGUCCUUUUUUUCGCAGACUUACGACCACAUUCUGGGCAUCAUGACAGAUCAGUGCACCCUCGAUGCCAACGGAAACUUGAAAUCCUCCUCGAAAGUCAAUGUUUAUCACGAUGCAGAUGAUGACGUGCCCAUGGAAGGACCUGAAGCUGCUCCGAAGCCCGAAAUAUCAGUUCUAAGAGCCUUGACGGUACGGUAUACGGACCAGCCGUCGCCCGUCACUGUACCGUGGCUAUACGGCCGUAUACCGUAUACGGGACGGUUUUUAUACACCUGGGUGUAUUUCCGGUUUUGGAAAAAUUCGGCAAUCGCAGCGCAUCAGACAUGUGAUAAUGCACGUGAUAAGUGCAUUAACAGGAAAUCGAACCCCGAACAUGGCCACGCUCACUUAAUGGGUGCAUUUGAUGGGAAGACUACAUGUUAA